ACAGGAUGCAUCUUCUCCUCAGCGGGCCUCAUCUCAUCCCUCCAUCCUCCCGGCGGUGCGCCGUGCGUAAUGACGCCAGGCCGUUUUGACGUGAUACUGUGCAUCCAGAGCAGAGCAGAGCAGCACAGCAGCCCAGAUCCUCGUUAUGUAAUGCAUCGGAUGCUGCUAGAGAGGAGCAGCUGCGGGGGAAAACGACCGACCGACAGACGGAUGGAUGGAUGGCUCAUUUAAUGACAAAUAUGUGCGUGUUGGCUUCUGAACUGACCGUAUCCAGCUGUCGACCAGAGAGAUGCUGAGUGGAGAUCUGAGGAGCGCAGUGUGAGUGCACCCGUCUGGGCAUCAGUGGCCUAUAUAUCCAUCUAUCUACCUAUCUAUCUCUCUAUCCAUCUCUCCAUCCUCCUGAAGGGGCUCAGACGUCUGGAGCCUGCAGAGGCUGCUCCUCCUUUCCUCUCGUAGCCGACCAGAGCAGCGUCUCUGUUUUAAAUUCGCCUCCUACAUCUGAGGAAACAAACCAAUGCGGCUUUGCUUCAGAGAGGAAUCAGCUUCAUAUCUAGUCCUCCAUCGCACCGGUGUAAUCCGACAUCAGCCUCUGCGUUGUGGCAUCAUCAACAAUGGCGGGUCCGGAGCAGUCCCAGCAGCAGCAGCAGCAGCAGGUCGAGGAGAAGGCAGAGUACAUAGAUGAUGCUGAGAUGGCCCUGCAGGGGAUCAACAUGCUGCUCAACAACGGAUUCAAGGAGAGCGACGAGCUCUUCAGGAGAUACAGGACCCAGAGCCCGCUGAUGAGCUUCGGGGCCAGUUUCGUCAGUUUCCUGAACGCCAUGAUGACCUUUGAGGAGGAGAAGAUGCAGACGGCCUGUGACGACCUGAGGACCACGGAGAAACUGUGUGAGAGCGACAGCGCCGGAGUCAUAGAGACAAUCAGAAACAAGAUUAAAAAAAGUAUGGACUCCCAGAGGUCAGGCGUCGUGGUCGUGGACCGCCUACAGAGACAGAUUAUUGUCGCCGACUGUCAGGUGUACCUCGCCGUGCUCUCCUUCGUCAAGCAGGAACUCUCAGCGUAUAUCAAAGGAGGCUGGAUUCUACGUAAGGCGUGGAAAAUGUACAAUAAGUGCCACAGUGACAUCAGCCAGCUGCAGGAGACCUUGCAGCAGAGGUCCUCUGGCCACCAGGAGUCCCUCUCGACGGACAACGCCAACCACAACGCGCCGGUGGAGAACUGCGUGACGGCCGAGGCCCUGGACCGCCUCAAGGGCUCCGUCAGCUUCGGCUACGGCCUCUUCCACCUGUGCAUCUCUAUGGUGCCGCCACACCUGCUCAAGAUCAUCAACCUGCUGGGUUUCCCUGGUGACCGUCUCCAGGGCUUGUCCUCCCUUAUGUAUGCGAGUGAGAGCAAGGACAUGAAGGCACCACUAGCUACGUUGGCCCUCUUGUGGUACCACACAGUAGUGCUGCCGUUCUUUGCUCUGGAUGGCUCCGAUACACACGAGGGGCUGCUGGAAGCCAAAGCUAUUCUGCUGAGAAAGUCGGUGGUUUACCCCAACUCAUCCCUCUUCAUGUUCUUUAAAGGACGGGUUCACAGGCUAGAGUGCCAUAUCAACAGUGCUUUGGCCUGUUUCCAUGAUGCAUUAGAGCUCGCAUCAGACCAAAGAGAGAUCCAGCAUGUGUGUCUCUAUGAGAUUGGCUGGUGUAGCAUGAUAGAGAUGAGUUUUGAAGAUGCAUACAGGGCAUUUGAACGGCUGAAGAAUGAGUCGCGUUGGUCGCAGUGCUACUAUGCCUACUUAACCGGAGUGUGUCAGGGUGCUUCGGGUGACCUGGAUGGAGCAAGCGGCGUUUUCAAAGAUGUGCAGAAGCUGUUCAAGAGAAAAAAUAACCAGAUAGAGCAGUUUGCUGUCAAAAGGGCUGAGAGAUUGAGAAAGAUCUCGCCCACCAGAGAGCUAUGCAUCCUCGGUGUGAUUGAAGUGCUGUAUCUGUGGAAAGCUCUUCCAAACUGCUCCUCUUCUAAACUGCAGAUAAUGAAUCAGGUGUUGCAGAGUUUAGAUGAGGCUUCGUGCAGAGGCCUGAAACACCUCCUUCUUGGUGCCAUUCACAAAUGUCACGGAAAUAUGAGGGAUGCUCUUCAGUCAUUGCAGCUAGCUGCUAGAGAUGAGUACGGACGACACAUCAACUCUUAUGUUCAGCCGUAUGCCGUCUAUGAGCUCGGAUGUAUACUCCUUGCAAAACAGGAGACUGUGGGAAGGGGGAGAUCAUUGCUACUUCAAGCCAAGGAGGAUUUUACAGGCUACGACUUUGAGAACAGGCUUCAUGUCCGCAUCCAUGCAGCCCUGGCUACUCUGAAGGAAGUUGUGCCUCAGUGACUCAAGAAGGGAGGCUAAAGCUAUGCUAAUGGCUUUUAACACCAAGUUUUGAGCCAUUUAAGAUAACUGUAUGACAUCCCAGUGAACAGAUUCUUGUGUUUUAUCAUUCUUGAAGGAUUUGGGGAAAUACACUUGUUUGUCAGAUUGGAAUGAAGUGUCAUCUCUGUGCGUUUUGUACAGAUAGACCCACUGUAGGCCUAUAUGGUGAUGUGCUCAUACUAGUUUAGCACAAAGAAGAUGGAUAUGACUAGCCUGCCUAGCUAUGGCUAGCAAGUUAAAAAACCGUGGCUAAAAACUCCAAAGCUAUGAUACCAGUACAGGCUCGUCUUAUUA